GCCACUCUCACCCUGGCUGAUAGCUCUGUGAUCUGGGUCUACUGGACGAAUUUGGCUGAAAGAUGAAGCACAGCAGGUUUCUGGUUGGCCUGAUCCUGGCUGCCCUUAUUCUCCAAGAUAAGGCUUCUUCAGACCUGACUUAUGGGAUGACAUCCAGAAGUUGGAGCCCCAAGAAUGGAUUCGAUACAUAAUUUCCCACUCCCCACCCAGCAAGAAAGCUACAACAAGAUAACUGUGGAAGAACAUGAGGAUAAAGUGAUUUUGAAAUGUGAUGGCAACAUCUCGCGGAUAGAGGGAACAGAGGGAAACCGGUUAUCAGACAAUAAAAGCCUGGUCUUGGGAAAAAGCAUCCAGGACCCACAAGGGAUGUAUCAGUGUACUGAGAAGGAAGCUGAAUUUGCUUUGCAAGUAUACUAUCGAAUGUGUCAGAACUGUGUGGAGCUGGACUCAACCACCCUGGUUGGCAUCGUCAUCACUGACAUCAUUGCCACUCUGCUCCUCGCUUUGGGGGUCUACUGCUUUGCUGGACAUGAGACUGGAAGGCUCUCUAGGGCUGCUGACACUCAAGCUCUGUUGAGGAAUGACCAGCUCUAUCAGCCCCUCAGAGAUCGGAAUGAUGGUCAGUACAGCCGUCUCGGAGGAAACUGGCCUCGGAACAAGUGAACCUGAGACUGGUGGCUUACAAGAGCAUAACUUAUCAACUGUACCUUCUUUCCUUACUCAGCCAAUAAAAAUAUCUGCUUUCAUUCAG